AUAGAGAUAAAAGGGGAAUGCCAGGAAAAAUUUAAGUCGGUAUACGCUUUAUUCGAAAGUUAAAACAGAAAUAUGAAAUGUGAAGGGAUCGAUAAAGGUAUUCCGUGAUGGCGUAGUGUUCUGUCAGAAACUUUUUACUUUUACCGAUAUCCUCUUAUGGUUACGCCAGCUAUUCCCGCAAGAAAUCCAUAAACGAAAUACAUAUCUGCGUGUUCAAGGUUACUUUUGGCACUUUCUAGAUCGUACCGUGUUACUCGAGGGAUCAAAUCGCAAAUGAAACCAAGUAACUAUGUAUUAAAGUGUACAGUUUGCAAUAAAAUGAAAAUUAUUCUCCUAUUCUUAGCAUAUUUUAGUAUUCAGUUAUUUUUUCAAUUGUAUUUUCUUAAAGGAUUUUCUUUUAAAUUAUUAGUGCAACUAAAAAAAAAAAACCAUAAAGUUCUCUUUGUUCAGCUGUGCGUAACCCCUUAAAGCCCUCCGUGGCGCAAAUAAGUUAGAGCAUAGUCCCCCAUUAUUAAUACUGCCUUAAGAGAUAAAAUUUAUGCAAUUUAUUAACCCUCAACUAGCUCCAGGGACUGGACUAUUAUUUCUGUCGCCCUCUCCUCGGAGAAACCACGUUAAGAGUUCAAGUAUUAAGUGUUUUUUCAGAUACAACUAGAUUAUUACUUAUUAUUAUUGUAACUAAUCCAUUAACAUACAGUGUCCACAGAUUAUACCAGAAAUUUAAAUGAAAACAGAAAUGUUAGCUAUCACUUCAUCCCGCACUGUGUCUCGUUACGCACGACCUAUCGAUGCCAUCCGAAGAAAACACUGAUUCGGUUGAUGCUAACAAAAUCAUCUGGGUGAGGCAUGCGCUCUGCGACCGGAUUCCCGCCGCACGACAAAGGGGUAGCGAGUUUCAACCCUCAGUCUGGCGCCGCGUGCGAGCGCGAGUCGACCACGGCGCUCCCGUUCGAGGUCCCGUCGAUACACGCUGUUGAUACACGCACCUACCCCGUGGUAGGUCACCUGUCAACCGCCGGAUAACAAUGAAUCGCGACAGGAUGAAUGAAAUCCGCUCGGAAUCCGAGGAUCCUACCUGAGGAUCGAACGAGCCAGGACCUCUAGCGACACGUUGACAUUACCGAGGCUACCCUUCGUUAAAAACAGACCUUGAAAGUCGAUCGUCGACUGUCACCAAGCGUGUCGAGGGUUCCAAUUCGAAGUGGACAUGAACAUUUUCAACGAGGCUCUGUGGUUCUCUCAUCGCGACCUGGCACUACCUUGCGUUAUUGCUCCCAUAGCAGGAUCUUGUAAAAGUAUCCGCGAAACCGUCCUUGUAGUCGCGGAAAAAUGUGACGCGAAUGCCGUCCGGCGCUACAAAGCCGCAGAACACGAGAAACCAGGAUGCUAAAGCCUCCAGCGAGUAUAUCAUGACUUGACCGAGCCGAGGGUCGCGUGAGAUCUUGACGCCGUUGAUGGCCGCGAAGACAGUGCUAAGAUGAGUGUCGCUUGCCGCUGGUACGUCCUCCUUUUGCUCACGUGCGCGCAUAGGCCCGUGCUGGCCGGGUUCGCCGACCAGGAGGCUCAGAUAGAGAGACCCAAGGAGACCCUGCGUCAUCAGCAGAACCAGCGGCCCUCGUUCAUCGACCGCAAGCUGGUGAUGCAGGCUACCGAGCUGUCCGAAGGCCUGAAGGAGCGGCAGCGGGAUGGAGACGAUCUGGACACUGCACUCCAGCUGACUCGUAGAGACAGACUGGAGACCAGCAUAGAGAAACCGGCCACGCAAAUCAGGCACAGUCGGUCCAGAAACCACUUCGCCCGACAGGCCAAGUUCGACGACACUGAUCUCUCUUACAUGCCCAGUGGAGCCAGCAGAAGAGCUCAGUCUGCGGACAACGCAUCCCAAAGCGAGGAGGCACUUGGCAAAGUCAAAGGGAAGAGUCCAGACAUGGGCAGGUCCUCUGGACAGGACCUUAGGUCCACGGGCACCAUCGACGAACGGUCCACCGUGGACAUCGACAAAUUGCUCACUAGGUUGUCAGAGGCUGGCUCGGAUCGUAGGAAAGAGGGACGGACUCGCGUGACGCCGUCAGCACGCCACAAGAACGACUCGUUCGGAAAACUGAGGAAGGUGAUCGCCAAGAACAGGUUCCGCGCGUUUGGAAACAGGACUAUCAUUAACAUGACCGAUGUGUACGGGACAGUUGUUCGCGGAGCACCUGCCAGUGACAGGAACGACCUGGACGCUGUGGAGAUCGCCAUCCUGGAGGAGUAUGACGUGUACAGUGACAGUGAGGUUGGCAGAAACGAGUCUGAGAGGGAGGAUUACGAGGAUUAUGGGAGGACGGUCGUGGACCAGGUCAAAGGGAACAAAGAGCCCGUCCACGUGGACAUCGUCACGCGGUUCCUACGCAUCAUAGAAAAUCAACAUCUCCUGGGGGAAAACUGUACCGCUGGUACCGAUCUGAACCUUGGCGAGGGUGUCGUUGACCAGUACGCCCAGGAGAAGUUUCGAUUGGAGGCCAACCUGGCGGUAAACAGGGCCAACAUGUUGACCAGGCUCUGGAAGUAUGCUCCUGAGGUGAUGUUGUCUUCGGAGUACCUUCUGCACGCCAGCAUCCUCUCCAUGGUCGAGUUCGACGAGGACAUCUUCGCUGCAGGGAACUGUUACGAUAAACUACAGUACAAGGACAGGUGGCUUUAUUGUCCGUUUGCUCAUCGGCUGCAGAAUCAGGACGGUGUCCUCGUAAAGGACCUGGCCAUUGAGUACAAGUAUCUGAGCAACAGCAGUGAGUGGUUCUAUAUAGCCAGGAAGAAUGCUGAGAAAGUGAUAGCGAACAACGACCAGUUCAGUCGAGGUUUUCACACGUACACGCUGAACGAAACGACGCAUACAGAGAGGGAGGACGACGUGAUCCUGACAGUGAGAUACGAGGACGGCAGGUGGUCGAAACCGUACUACGAUUGCGGGGGUGGAAAUAUCUGGAUGCUGACCUACACCGUUCCUUUCUUCGGCUACGUCAACGACACAUACUUCUUCAAGGGGACAAGCGGAAUAGACAUAGAUCUACGCAGACUGGACAUAGAUCAGUGUCCUUUACCACCAGGAUCCAGUCAGCUGAACAUAUUCGCAGCCAGCGACAAAUGCAAGAAACGAACGACAGAGUGUAUAGCGAUUCCAGGACUGGGAUUUCGGCGUGGGAGUUAUCGUUGCGUCUGCAAACGAGGAUUUUAUUACCCCGAUACAAAGUCCACCAGUCGAUACUACAAUGGCACCGUGAUCGAGGAAGAAUACGAAAAAUUGAUGAUGGGCGAUGAGAGUCAGUACGACGUGGAUGGCGUCUUCGAGUGUCUUCCUUGCGCAGAGGGAUGCGAAUCCUGUGAGGACGAAUCGCCAUGUGUAGUGUCGUUGAAUUGGUUGAUGAGGACUGCCAUUUUGAUCCUGGAAUGCUGCGUCAUCGCUUGCUUGCCAGCUGUCGCGCUGUUCACUUGGAAGUAUGGGAAUGUAAAGGUGGUGAGAGCCGCGAGUCCAGUCCUUCUACGUGUCAUAGUGGUUGGUGCAUUUUUCAUAUAUUGCACAACUAUAGUAAUGUACCCCCGUCCAAACGUUAUAACGUGCACCGUGAGAGUUUGGCUGAGAGAAAUUGGAUUUUCUCUAACCUAUGGCGCUCUUAUGCUGAAAACUUGGAGGAUAUCGGUGAUAUUCAGAGUGAAGUCAGCGAAAGCUGUGAAAAUAACUGACGGCAGUUUGCUGAAGCGAUUGGGUGUUAUAGUGAUGAUAUUCAGCGUGUUCCUGAGCAUUCGCACCUUAGUGGCACCACCUGUGGUCAUAGUCGCCAGGACUGCUGACGAUCUGAAGGCCUACCUUUGCCGGACCGAUUGGUGGGAUCACAGUUUCACUAUACUCGAGGUGAUAUUUCUAAUAUGGGGCAUCAGAUUGUGCAUCGUGGUGAGAAAGACCCCGUCAGAGUUCAAUGAAAGUCGAUUCAUCUCGAUGGCGAUUUACAACGAAUUUCUACUAUCAGUCUUCCUCAACGUCUCGAUGUUGUUCUUGCAGUCCCCGGCGAAUCCGGAUUUAUUGUACGUGAUAUUCUUCUGUCACACCCAGCUUACCGUCACGCUGCUGCUGUGCCUCAUAUUUGGUAGCAAGGCCUACGUGGUGUUCCGUAGCGGGGGUAAGGAUGAGGCGAAACACACCGGGGCCACUGGGAAAUUCCUGGGGAAGAGUACCCGCCCGGCGGGCACCAGUAACCAGACCAACUCGAUCUCCCUUCAACAAGGAAACUUCACCGACGAGAGCGACGGUGCCACGGAGGAGUUCCGUCGAUUUAUCAAUCAACUAGAGGUCCUGAAGGAGAAGAACGUUCUACUUGGUAACCACCACUUGGUGAACAAGCUUGCAGCGAUGCAAGAAGCAGCGAAUCGUGCAGAGACUCGGGUAUCCACAAUCCAGGCGAUCUCCUCCAGUAUGAGACUGAACGACCUUAACGGAUCCACAGCCAUAGUCGAAACGGAUGUAGGAGGAUCCCUCCAGACCGACGGAGAUCAGAAAGAUACAGACCCCAAGGAGGAAAAAAUAUGUCAGGCCUGCGUGGAGAAGAACACCAAAGACUCUCUGGUUCCACCAGAGACAAAAAAGAGAGUGAGGACCAACGACGUCGCCGUUUCCACUUCCAGUAGGCCAGCCACCGAGGAUAUAGGUACAGAGACCAAGGAGGACAAAGAGGUUGAGACUAGGGACAAGAGCAAGGGCAAAUCAGGCCAUGCCAGGACGCACGCCAUAGUAAUUAACCUGGACGAUAAGAGCAGGUUCUCCGAGGAGGUCACAGUCUAAGAACACCGAUAGUGUCCUGUGAACUUUUUCGGUGUUUUCUAGUUCCGUGAAUACAAAGAGAAUAAAGGAGCUCAACAGUGAGGAUUCCGCUUCUGAAAACAUGAAAUUUCAAAGACUUCGGCGGAAUCUUGGUUCAGUGUUUGUGUGUUGUUGCACCGUUUACCAUUUUCUAUCAGCUGGAAGCGUUCCCGAAACAAUGUACAUUUGUAAUUGGCAAAUUCGUUCAGGGACACUUGAGCAGACACUUUGAAAACGUUGGUCAAAACUACGAUAAUCGACGAAAAGCGAGUAAUAAAAUUUUCAUCGAAACCCGUUCCUGGAAUGGGGACCGGGGCUGAGGGGGUGUAGAAGAAACGACGAUGGUAGUUUGAAGGGUAUGAGAAUUAUUUUCUGCAGCACGACUUUGCUUUUCCACCAUUCUCUCAGUUUUUGCACGAAUGGCAUUUGAACACUCACGGUAUGGAAAUUUUUAGUCUUUCAAACACUCAACGAAGAAAUGAGAGAAGAGCGCUUCUUCAACGUUCGUUUUCAGAAUGGAAAAGAAACAAAGUUCCAAGAAAACGCGAACUCAUCCACCGCGUAAACGUUUGCUUUUUUUUUGAAAAACCGUUUGUAGAAAUAUGCACAGCUGAUCUCGUCCCGGAUAGAAAAGUUCUGCCAUUUUUCAGCACCCUAGUUUUGGUUUUGUUGGCAUCCAUGAAUCUUGAACCGUUUACACGAUAAAAAAUAAAAAGGAAGAAACAGAAUCUAUGGAAAUUAUUCGCUAACAAUGUCUAUUUCCAUUACUCGUUUGGGACCCAAGAGAAUUCGUUUUACGAGUCAUAAAAUUAUGACAAAUGGAUUGAAAUGGACGGAGAUCAUACUUGCAAAUAUAAUGAAUCCAAGGUGUCCGCGCUGAAAGAAUUUGUUUAAUAAUACGCGAUUUUUUAUGCCAUAAAAGAGUCCUCGUAGUUAAAUCGAGGAAUUUUGGAUACUGCUACAUUUCAUUCUGUAAAUAUCACUUUAGCCGCUUAUUCGAGGUCUUCUGACGUAUUUCUAAGUCGAUUUGUAAAUAGUUAAACCGCUCUUCGUGGACGAGAUGCAGCGAAACCGAUCGAUGCUGAGAGACGAUGAUUCUCGCUAGGGAUGUUUGAUUUUCAAUCAAUUUUCUAGACAAUUGUUUUAUUUAAUAAUAAUAACCAAGUAUGAGUUGGGGGGACAAUGUUUGAAAAAAUGAUUGAACACAUAGAUUCUUGAGUUUAUUUACCAGAAUUGAUCAUCCCUAGUGUCUCUUUAGCUUUCGUCAUAUCAGUCCAAAUUGUAAAUAAAUUGUAAAUAAAAUCACACGACGUGAGUUCACCGGUAAAUUAACGAUCGAGUUUCAUUGUUAAGAUCGUGCGUUAGAUUUAUUCAACGAGUCCGUUGGUAGUAGAGCGUUGACGAAUGGCUAAUGUCAUUUGAGAAAGUUUGAAUGCACCAGUGGCACAUUCAUUGAAAUUUAUGGUUAAUUGAAAAUUUCUUGGCCGAAUGGUGUGUGGACCAGCUGGACUGCGGAGGGAUUAUUUAUUAAUCCGAGUUGAACAGUUGCAAAUUGUUAAUUGGCAGAGCGGUAAGUGCACUUGCUACACCAGUGGAGAAUAAUUAUGACCACAACUUAGAGACAGGAAUAGAGGGUGUCUAUCGAUCGCACCAGGUUACGAAAAUUGUGAUAUUUUUAGAAGAAACACUGUUUGAUACCUGGAUUAAAGCAGCUGUUCUACGUGGUGUCUCAAAGCAAACGGAUAACCAUUGAAUUUGAACGCUUUAAACUUCUGUUGAGUGAAUUUUUGCACGUUUCAAAAUUUUAUUAAAGUUUCGUACCAACAGAAUUUAUUGUCUAAUAUCUGAC